AUGUCUUCUUCUCGUCAAGCAUCAUCUUCGUCCGUGAAUGGCAUUAUUCCGGAAUCCAAAGAGACCUCAACCAUGCCAGCGCUCGAGGAGACCAACCCGGAAUUCAAACCGGGCAUGGCAUUCUACCUUGCAUUUUCGAGCAUCUGCAUUGUGACUCUAGCAGCUGCUUUCGAUGCCACCUCGCUCAGUAUCGCAAUACCUAUCGUUACCGAAAAGCUCCAUGGAACGGCAAUCGAAGCCUUUUGGUCAGGGACAUCGUUUCUAGUGACCUCGGCCGUGUUCCAGCCUGUCAUUGCGGGCUUGAGCCAUGGCUUUGGAAGGAAGCAGUUGAUCCUUGCAUCCUCGUUAUUCUUCGCCGUUGGAUCUAUUUUGGCCGCUGUGGCUAAUAACUUCACCUUGAUGCUUGUCGGCAGAUCGAUUCAGGGUAUUGGCGGUGGUGGAAUCCUGACUCUGGGGGAGAUACUAGUCACCGAUCUUGUUCCUCUCGCGGUUCGAGGAGCUUGGUUUGGAUACCUUGGAUCUAUGUGGGCAAUUGGCUCUGUCGGAGGUCCCUUGAUGGGCGGCGCCUUUGCUCAAAAUGUGUCCUGGAGAUGGAUCUUCUGGAUCAAUAUUCCUAUUAUCGGCACCGGGGCUGUUGCCAUUCUUCUCUUUAUGAAGCUGGACCGAGUCCCCGGCAAGAUCCUGGCUAAGGCUCAGAGAUUCGACUGGUUUGGUUCUGUUGGUUUCAUCGCAUCUACAGUUUCUGUACUGAUCCCUUUGACAUGGGGUGGCGUUAUGUACCCCUGGGAUUCGUGGCGUACGCUUGUCCCUCUAUUGUUGGGCGUGGCUGGCCUUGUUGUCUUCGCCUUCUAUGAGCGGUACCUGUCAUCCAAAGCAUUUGAUUCGGAAGGCAACGUCCUGCCAGGAAAUCCCGUUGAACCCAUUAUCAGAUUUAGCGUAUUCUCCAACUGGUCUAUAUGCAUCACAUACCUGGAGACACUCGUUCACGGCAUGGUCCUUUGGUCGCUCUUAUACUACUUGCCCCUUUAUUAUGAAGCCGUUAAGGGAUAUACACCUAUCAUUAGCGGAGUUGCAGUCUUACCCGAGACCGGUUUUGUUGCUCCCAUGUCUGUCAUAGUUGGCGUCGUCUGCGCCAAAACCGGUCACUACCGCUGGGCCAUCUGGAUCGGAUGGGUACUAACCACUCUAGGAUCCGGCUUGCUCGUGCUCCUCGAACCCCACACCAGCAUCCCCGCCUGGGUAUUCCUCAACUUCCCAAUUGCCAUCGGGACCGGGAUGCUCUUUCCCGCCAUGGCCCUCGCCAUCCAAGCUUCCAGCCGUCCCCAAGACGCCGGCCACUCCGCCGCCUUCUUCUCCUUCAUGCGCGUAUUCGGUCAAUCCCUCGGUGUCGCCAUCGGCGGCGUCAUCUUCCAGAACCAGAUCAAGCAGAAGCUACUCAGCUAUCCCCUCCUUGCCCCCCUAGCCUCCACCUACAGCAAAGACGCCACGGCCUUGGUCGGCAUCAUCAAGGCCAUGCCGGCUGGCCUCGCCAAGACGCAACUCAUCCAGGCAUACACGGAUUCCCUGAAGAUUAUCUGGGCCGUCAUGUGUGCUCUGAGCGGCGUGGCGUUAGCAGCGAGCUUGUUCACUAGGGGAUACACGCUCCAGCAGGAACUCAAGACCCUGCAAGGUUUUGACGAUGGGAAGCGGGUAAAGGACCUGGAAGCCAUCGAUGGCAGUGAUUGA